GAUGCCCCCACAGGGCACGGACAGCUUCGUGAUCAUCACCAACGUGCUCGAGACGCCCAUGCAGUCGCUCGGAGUGUGUCCCGAGGACCCCGACACUCCCACGGCGCCAUGUUCCAACGACACCAGCUGCCGACCAGGGGAACGAGACCAACUCUACAAUGGAGUGAAGACGGGCCGCUGCUCGGGCAACAGGGGGCAGGGCACGUGUGAGGUGUUCGCCUGGUGCCCCGUGGAGUCCGAGGGACGCAACGCCAAGUACACCCUCUUGGCUGAGGCCGAGAACUUCACCAUCUUCAUCAAGAACAACAUUCGCUUCCCCAAGUUCAACUUCUCCAAGGGCAACCUGCGAGAUAACAUGCCCAAGACCUACCUCCAGUCGUGCAAGCACGACGCCCGGCACAACAACUACUGCCCCAUCUUCCGCCUGGGUGACAUGUUGAAGAGGGCUGGCCUCACCUACCAGAAGUUCUCUAAAAAGGGCGGGGUGCUGGGAGUUCUAAUCAGCUGGACGUGCGACCUGGAUCGCGGCGCGGACUCCUGCAACCCCAUGUACUCAUUCAGACGCCUCGACAACGGGGCGGGCUACAACUUCAGGUACGCGCGCUACCACGUGCUCCCCGGCGGCGUUGAGGCGCGCACGCUCGUCAAGGCGUACGGCAUCCGCGUGGACAUCGUCGUCUCCGGCGAGGCGCGCAAAUUCUACAUCAUCCCCACCAUCAUCAACCUCGCCGCUGCUCUGACCUCUGUCGGGGUGGCCUCGGUGAUUUGUGAUUGGCUGCUGCUGAACACCAUGAGGAGACGCAACAUCUACCGCAUGAGCAAGUUCGAGGAGGUGAACGAGGGCACGGCGCCCAGGGCCGAACUCUCGUCGCUGCCGUCGCGGGAGCUCGCUGGCGGAAAAGCGGACGCGCUCUCCAACGGGUUCUCCACGGACGACUCAAUGCUGUGAGGAGGGCCGCACCGGCCUCCGGGCCGGCCUCCGGACCGGACCGGUUCUUCAUCCGUACGAGAGGAGAUGGCCGCAGGGUGCCGAGUCGUGGACCGGGCGAAUUGGGCGAUUGCGGUUAAAGAGCAGAGAAUUGAAACGCCGUCAAAGGUCAAUAGGUCAACACGACCGGUGCCGUCAAUGUCACCCCACAUCAGCCUCCUUCUACCAGAUCUCGAAUUCGUGGCGAAGGUGACACCGGGCCAACGGUGUCAGCUCUUAUGGCCUCAUCAUCAUCACCUUCAUCACCAUCAUCGCCAUCACCAUCACCAGUGUCUGGCUUGAGUGCUUCCCAUUGAUGGCCGACCUCUGAGUGCCAGUCACGGUGACCCGCCUUCCUCCUCCUCCACCCUGCACACCACGUGUCUCUUCCUCCCAUGGUAACUCCCUCAUCCUGAUGUCUACAACGCUCUGUGGCCACGCUCUAUUCACAGCCUACGAGUUACAUUACCCCGCCCUCCACCCAUCACGACCACGCGUCCCACCCAUCGCGUCCUCCUCCUCUUCCCGCCACGUUCUACUCCAAACCUCCAAAUUGUCUACCCCCAUCCCGCGAUUACAUUCCCAGCCACAUCCACAAACCCGACGUUGCCUCGCAUUAGCGCGGUUUUGCUACGUACGGUGCGAAAAAAAGUGCAACAUGCAUACGUGGCAGUCGUAUAGAACGGGCGGCUCUACUCUACA